AUGACCUCUCCCGUCGCCCUUCCGAGUAUGCGGGUUAGCGUAUCGACGCGUUAUGAGGAUAUUACCCCGCCCAUGACUCCCAUCUACGAUUCUCCCCAGGCCGGCACCUUCAUCCCAGUCUUCGCCUUCGCCCUUGACGAGGGCUGGUGCCCUUACGCCGCAGAGUACCGCAAGUGGACUAAGGUUUCACCUGCAGAGUCCCACUACGCGAACGAUGAUACGGUGCCGCUUUUCGCUCGACCGGCUCCCAGACCCAAGGUGGUCAUCUCCACCCCACCAGGCCACGUCUCAGCCCAGCUCUCCUGCGCCCAGGAUACGCCCUUGGAACCUCCGUCCAGCUGCCACGUCGACAAUGUCCCUCUUUUUGCUCUACCGGCACCCAAGGCCCGAGUCGUGAUUCGAGCCCCGCCGGGCCACGUCUCGGACCAGGUGAUCUGCGACCAGGCUGCGCCCCUGCCAUCUCCGUCCAAGUGCGUCAUCGAGGAAAUCCCGCUUGUCUCUCUACCGGUACCCAAGGCCAAGGUCAGCCUCCGGGCUCCUCCGUGCGCCAUCUCAGACCCGCGGGUCAAGAUUAUAUGGGGUGAGACCACUGCCCAGGACCGGGCUGACACUGCCUGGAAUGGGCUCGAUGGGCGUAUGAUCGCGCAGCGAGCGGCUAGGCUCGGGAUAUGGAUCAGCAGCACGUCGGCCCAGGGCUGGCCCCUCACUGGUCUUCCUUUCUAG